CAGACGCAGUGACAUUCUAGAGCCAGGACCACAGCACGCAGCUCCGCAUUCUGAGGAGAAGCCGAGCAGGAGAAGGAGAAAGGAAAGACGCUCUUCUUCUCUGCUUAAACAUGGAUGAAGACAUCACCUGCGAGCCGGGUAUCGGGGCGCUGGUGAGGGAAGCCGAGGUGAGCCUGCUCGAAUGCAAAGUGUGCUUUGAAAAAUACAGCCAUGAGAGGGAGCGGAGGCCCCGGAACCUGGCUUGCGGUCACGUCAUCUGCCUGGGCUGUGUGAUGACCCUGGUGCAUCCCCUGACCCACACGGUCGAAUGCCCCUUCUGCAGAACCGUGAGCUCCGAGAGCAGCGACUGCUUUCUGCUGCUGCAGUUCCUCGAGCUCCUGAGUCCCGCGCUCAACACACCGCAAGCGGGAGCCAGACCCGAGGGUAGUCCGGAGGUUAAGUGGUUCCCUGGCUCUCUAACCUGCAUCCACACCUUUGGGGGCUGGGGAAAUCUCAUCAACCCCACUUCGAUGGCCUUCUGUCAGAAGACCAGGAGCGUGGUCGUGGUGCAUGACGGCAAGAACCGAGUGAAGAUUUUUGGCCCAGACGGAGUAUGUGCCAAUGAGUUUGGAGAAAAGGGGGAUUCCGUUUGCCACAUUCGGUACCCGCUGGGUGUUACCAUUACCCAAGACGGCUACUUGGUCGUCACCGACGCUGGGGACCGCUCCUUGAAAGUGUUUGAUUUUGCAGGGGAGAGUCGGAUGGCCAUCCGAGGUAUCUUCUCUUUGCCCUGGGGUGUGCAGAUCACCCCAAAGAACGAAGUCCUGGUGUCUGAUGCUGAGGCGGGGUCGCUUCACAUCUUGGGGAUUGACUUUCAGGAACUGAAACUCAACAAGGUGGACAAGAUCCAAACCAAUCUCAGCAGCCCCAGAGCCGUAGCUGUGUCUCCGGUCACUGGGAACAUCGCGGUAGCGGAGCACCUGAAACCGGAAGGGUCCAGGCCAGCCGGCACCAGAGUCAAAGUGUUCAGCCCUACCAUGCAGCUUCUGGGUCAAGUGGACAGUUUUGGCCUGAGUCUCUUUGUUCCUUCCAAGCUAGAUAUCAGUGCUAUUACCUUUGACUACCAGGGAAACAUCAUUGUUGCUGAUGCAACUAAUCAAACCGUAGCUUGUUUAGGGAAACCUGAGCGGUUUCCAGUCUAUAGGCCUAUAAUUACCCAGGGCCUUUCUUUCCCUGUGUCAUUGAUUUACACUGAAGAUAAUUCCUUUCUUGUCCUAGACAGUGGAAUCCAUGCCGUAAAAAUUUACACACUUGACUACACACUCUAGGCACAUAAAUUCACAUGUGCAUGUGUGUAUUACUCUUAUUUAAAAAUCUAAUUUAUUUCAAUUGGAUUUCACAAAUCAAAUCAACAUAAUUGUUUUUUCUCUGAUAGUAGUCUUGAAGAAAUUACUAUUGGCCUUGCUUUAAGCAAGAAAAAAUGAAAGGCUUAUUCCAAAAAGGCAGUGAUUAUGUCUCCUUCUUUUUCAUUGCAUGAUAUAUUUAACAAAUAGGUACUAGUUGCUUAGUUAGCUGCUGGAAAAUGUCUGAGCCGGCAGCCAGAUUUUCAAAUAUUAUAGAAAUGUGUAUGUGUGUAUAUGUGUGUGUGUGUGUUAGUAACCUGGGACACCUGUGUGUAAGAACACUAUACUGUACAGUACUGUGUAACCUUAACUUGCUAUGUUGCUAUGUUAGAGGCAGUUAGGUAGCCCAGUGGAAAGAGUGUGGAAGUUGGAAUCUGAGUUCAAAUCCAACUUCAGAUAGUUACUGUGAGACACUAGCAAGUCACUUAGCCUCUGCCUGCCUCUAUUUCCCAAUGUGUAAAAUAGUACCUACAUCCCAGGGUUGUAAUGAAGAUAAAAUUAAAUAUAUUCAAAGUGCUUUGCAAAUCUGUAAAUGCUAGCUGCUAUUAUUGUUGUGUUACUUGUAGAAGUAUUUAUUCAAGGUAGAAAAAUAGCAUAUUUAUGUAAGACUUUUGUUGUUAUUCAGUCAUUUUUUAA